AACUUCAAGAGAAAAGAAAUUUCUUUUUCAUUAAUCCCCAAAAUUAAUAUUUUAAAUAAACUACCUCUUGAAAUUAUUCAAUUAAUUUUAUAUUCAUUAAUUCUAACAACAACUAUCAUUUUCUUAAAUAUAAUCCAUCCACUAGCUAUAGGUUUAACUUUAUUAAUCCAAACAAUUUUUAUUUGUCUAAUUUCAGGACUAAUAACAAAAAGAUUUUGAUAUUCAUAUAUCCUAUUCUUAAUUUUCUUAGGAGGUAUACUAGUCCUAUUUAUUUAUGUUACAUCUUUAGCUUCAAAUGAAAUAUUUAAUUUGUCAAUUAAAUUAACUCUAUUUUCAAGAUUAAUUUUAUUUAUUUUAUUUAUUAUCAGAAUUUUUAUUGAUAAAUCUUCAAUUUCAUUAUUUUUAAUAAAUAACGAAAUAGACUCAAUUUUUAAUUUAAAUUCUUAUUUUUCAGAAAAUUCAUUAUCUUUAAAUAAACUUUAUAAUUUUCCAACAAACCUAAUCACAAUUUUAUUAAUAAAUUAUUUAUUAAUUACAUUAAUCGUUGUUGUAAAAAUUACUAAAUUAUUCAAAGGACCUCUACGUAUAAUAAAUUAAUUAAUGAAUAAACCUUUACGAACCUCCCAUCCAUUAUUUAAAAUCGCUAAUAACGCAUUAGUAGACUUACCAGCUCCUAUCAAUAUUUCAAGAUGAUGAAAUUUUGGGUCUUUACUAGGAUUAUGUUUAAUUAUUCAAAUUCUAACAGGACUAUUUCUAGCCAUACAUUACACAGCUGAUGUAAAUAUGGCUUUUUAUAGAGUAAAUCACAUUUGCCGUGACGUAAACUACGGGUGAUUAUUACGAACCUUACACGCUAACGGUGCAUCAUUUUUUUUUAUUUGUAUUUAUCUCCACGUAGGACGAGGGAUAUAUUACGGGUCAUACUUAUUUACUCCAACAUGAUUAGUAGGAGUAAUUAUUUUAUUUUUAGUAAUAGGAACAGCUUUUAUAGGUUAUGUAUUACCCUGAGGACAAAUAUCUUUUUGAGGAGCUACUGUAAUUACAAAUUUACUAUCAGCAGUUCCUUACCUAGGACUAGAUUUAGUCCAAUGAGUGUGAGGUGGGUUUGCUGUUGAUAACGCAACUUUAACACGAUUUUUUACAUUUCAUUUUAUUUUGCCAUUUAUUGUUCUAGCUAUAACUAUAAUUCAUUUGUUAUUUUUACACCAAACUGGUUCAAAUAACCCUAUUGGAUUAAAUUCUAAUAUUGAUAAAAUUCCUUUUCACCCAUAUUUUACAUUUAAGGAUAUCGUAGGAUUUAUUGUAAUAAUUUUUUUAUUAAUUUCAUUAGUUCUUAUUAACCCAAAUCUACUAGGGGACCCAGACAAUUUCAUUCCAGCUAACCCUUUAGUAACCCCAGCCCACAUUCAACCUGAAUGAUAUUUUUUAUUCGCUUACGCAAUUCUUCGAUCAAUUCCUAAUAAAUUAGGAGGAGUAAUCGCUUUAGUACUAUCAAUUGCAAUUUUAAUAAUUUUACCUUUUUACAAUUUAAGAAAAUUUCGAGGUAUUCAAUUUUACCCAAUUAAUCAAAUUUUAUUUUGAACUAUAUUAGUAACAGUAAUUUUAUUAACUUGAAUUGGAGCCCGACCAGUAGAAGAACCUUAUGUUCUACUAGGACAAAUUUUAACAGUAGUCUACUUUUUGUAUUACCUAAUUAACCCUCUUGUUAGAAAAUGAUGAGAUAAUUUAUUAAAUUAAUUA